GGGGGCGCGCGCGGGACGGCGGGGACGCGCGGGCGCUGAGGCCUGCGCGCCCGGCUGCCGGAGCCAUGCGGCGGGCGAGGAGCAGCGCGGCCGCCAAGCCACGCGGGCAGAAGCGACCCGGGACCUCCGGGACCUCCGGAGCCCCCGCGGCCGCCCCCUCGGCCCCCAGCGCCAGCCGCACCCGGCGCUCCGCGGGUCAGGCCGGGGGCGACAGCCGGGCGGCGGCGAGGCAGCCGUCGGCGAAGCGGCGGCCGAGGCAGUCGUCGCCGCGGGCCCAGGAGGCGGGCCCCGGGCAGCCGCCUCCGGAGCUGCCGCCGCUGCCGCCGCCGCCGCCACCGCCGACCCCCGCCACCCCGGCUACCACUCUGCCCGACCUGGGCGACCAGCGGGAGCGCUGGGAGACGUUCCAGAAGCGACAGAGGCUCACCUUCGAGGGCGCCGCCAAGCUGCUGCUGGACACCUUCGAGUACCAGGGCCUGGUGAAGCAUACGGGAGGUUGCCACUGUGGAGCUGUUCGCUUCGAAGUCUGGGCCUCGGCCGACUUGCACAUCUUCGACUGCAACUGCAGCAUUUGCAAGAAGAAACAGAAUAGACACUUCAUUGUUCCAGCUUCUCGCUUCAAGCUCCUGAAGGGCGCCGAGAGCAUAACCACUUACACGUUCAACACGCACAAAGCUCAGCACACCUUCUGUAAGAGGUGCGGCGUCCAGAGUUUCUACACUCCGCGCUCCAACCCCGGAGGCUUCGGAAUCGCUCCCCAUUGCCUGGAUGAGGGCACCGUGCGGAGUGUGGUCAUCGAGGAGUUCAACGGGACCGAUUGGGAAAAGGCCAUGAAGGAGCACAAGACCAUCAAGAACAUGUCUAAGGAGUGAGCUCCUGCUUCUCCCGUCCCGAAAAGGAGGAACCAUGGGAGCCAGCUGCCAUGCUGGCCCCGCCGCGCGCCGGUGGUGCCCGUGAGUGUGGCUGACCCAGGCCACUGGUCCCAAUGGCCCGCGGCCACCCUGAUCUCCGCAGUUUGCUCAGCCACCAGCUUCUUUAGGCAGCUCUUCGUCCUUCCAGCCCAGAUUUUGAUGUAGGCUAGUCAUCCUUUCUCUUCUCAACUUUUGUGUGAUCUUUUAGAAAAAUAAAUAUUUUUAACAUGAAAGCA